AGUAGAAGAAGAGAAGCACUGAAGAAGCAGAAGAAGACGCUCACACUCUGUUCCUGUUUACAUGCAGUAUGUUGUCAUAAUGAUACUGUAGAGAAGUGAGUGAACUAAAUGAAAGAGGAGGAGGUCGCUGGGAUGUGAGCUCCUGCGCCCACAGUCAAGUUCAUACGGAAAUGGACGAGAUCAGUCCUUUGUUGGCCAACCAACCCCAAGAGACGCCGGACCUUCUGUCUCCAAACCUGAGGCCGAGACACCAGGAACUUAUCCCAACACCAUGUGGACCAAUAAAGCCCUGGUCAGAGCUGUCAUGCCUGGUGAAGCUCUACUUCUGCUUCACCAUCGCGUCUCUGCUGGCGCUGCUGGGCCUCACGCUGACCAGCAUCUACAAGCAGCGCAUGCACACAGACGAGUCUGAAGAGGACAACUUCACCGUGUCUCUCAUCCAGCUGGUGGGAAUACUGUUCUGCAUCUACUACAUCAGCCGUGGCGUCCUGCAGGAGAACAGACAGGAGCUGGUUGUUUUUGUGCUCACUGUGUCAGUCGUCAUGAUUCGAUCAGUGGUCAACUUUGUCGUGCUGGGGUCAAAGAGCAAGCAGGAGCUGCUGGUGCGUUUUGCUUGCAUCAUGUGUUUGGGCGUGGUGCUCAUGUUCUGCACAAUGCUGCUCAUCCUGAGGCCCAACAUGAUGGCGUUUCGUGUGGGCGGGGCCUUGGAGAGGCUUCAGGAGCAGUACUUCUUACUCAACCUGUGUUUCUCCAUGGUGACCUUUGACCUGCAGGCUCAGUUGUGUCUGUGUAUCCUGAUCAUGACGUCAGAUUCAACCAUGUCUGCUAACAACUCCAUCAUCCUGGGUGUGGGAGUCGUCUGGGCCUGUCUUACUGCCGCUGUAGGCGUCGUUGCAGUCUUGAAGGAAGCCAAGGUCCUGGUUUGGGUCUUCAUGGUGCAGAACCUCCCUCAAGUAGCCUUCUUUGUGUAUCUAAUGUAUACGGUGAUAACGCAGUGGUUUCAGGACAGCAUCUACACACUGGAGGCAGCUGCUGUCACCGGUGCUUUGAUUUCACUGGUGAUUAAAGUGGUUUUACUCUGGGGCCUCAUCAGACUUGUGCACAGCUUCGGUCAAGGCCUGAGGGAUAGAAGUGAGUUGACGUCACCACUUCUUUCUUUCUUUCUUUCUUUUUUUGUUUCUGUCUUUCAUAAGUAG